UCCUCAUGAGCGUUAUAAUAAGACGUGCUAUAUUUGUGAUGAACAAGGCAGAGAAAGCAAAGCAGCCACUGGUGCUUGCAUGACAUGUAAUAAACAUGGAUGUCGACAAGCUUUCCAUGUAACAUGGGCAAAUUUGAUAUUUGAAUUGUUCAUGGGCAGACAUUAAGGCCUUUUAUCUUACAAUUUACUCUGGUUAGGCCCUGAUUUCCAUGUGUCUCUAUGCAUCUCUAUACAUCGUCAGUGACAGGAUCAAGCAUAUAUGUGCAAUUGUACUAAGCCAGAAACGAGCAGAAUGUUUCAGUUUUACAUUUUUCUUGCUCAGUUUGCAGGACUGCUUUGUGAAGAAGAGGGCAAUGGUGCAGAUAAUGUCCAGUACUGUGGCUACUGUAAAUACCAUUUUAGUAAACUGAAAAAGAGCAAACGGGGAUCUAAUAGGUCAUAUGAUCAAAGUUUAAGUGAUUCUUCCUCUCACUCUCAGGAUAAACAUCAUGAGAAGGAGAAAAAAAAACAUAAAGAAAAAGACAAACACAAACAAAAAUACAAGAAGCAAUCGGAGUCCUCACCAUCUUUGGUUCCAUCUCUUACUGUAACUACAGAGAAAACCUACACAAGUACUAGCAACAACUCAAUGCCAGGCUCCUUGAAGAGGUUGGAGGAUACCACAGCUCGAUUUACAAAUGCAAAUUUCCAGGAAGUCUCUGCACAUACUUCAGGUGGAAAAGAUGCCUCAGAGGCAAGAGGGUCAGAGAGCAAAGGGAAGAAAUCUGCAGGUCACAGCUCAGGUCAGAGGGGAAGAAAGCCUGGUGGUGGAAGGAAUCCAGGAACAACUGUGUCGGCAGCUAGUCCUUUUCAGCAAGGUAGUUUUUUGGGGACACCUGGCAGUAUAAAAUCAUCUUCUGGAAGUUCAGUACAGUCACCCCAAGAUUUCUUGAGCUUUACAGAAUCAGAUCUACGUAAUGACAGCUAUGCUCAUUCCCAGCAGACUUCAUCAACCAAAGAUGUACAUAAAGGAGAGACUGGAAACCAAGAAGGGGCUGUGAAUUGUUUUAGUUCCUUAAUUGGCCUCUCAUCAUCCUCAGCUGUUGUUUCCCAGUCUAAAAAUUUUGACAGCUCACCUGGUGACUUGGGUAAUUCAAGCAUUAUUUCAACAGGAUACAAGCGAGCUCAGACUUCUGGGAUAGAAGAAGAGACUGUAACAGAAAAAAAACGGAAAGGAAAUAAGCAAAGUAAACAUGGGCCUGGUCGACCCAAAGGAAAUAAAAGUCACGAGAGUAUUUCUCACCUAUCAGUUUCUUCUGCUUCCCCGACGUCAUCUGUGGCAUCUGCUGCAGGCAGUGCAACAAGUUCUAGUCUUCAGAAAUCACCAACAUUGCUCAGGAAUGGCAGUAUACAAAGUCUUAGUGUUGGCUCAUCUCCAGUGGGGUCAGGUAUUUAUAGCAGCAAUGAUGUAGCAGUAUCAUUUCCAAAUGCAGUAUCUGGUUCAGGAUCUAGCACUCCAGUUUCCAGUUCUCAUUUACCUCAGCAGGCUUCCAGUCACUUGCAGCAAGUGGGAGCUUUGUCGCCUUCAGCCACACCUUCUGUAACUACUGUUGUUGCUGCAACUCAGGCAAACAGUCUACCUGGAUCUUCCCUCAGUCUGCCGUCAUCCCACAUGUAUGGCAAUAGACUGAAUCCUAAUUCAUCAAUGGCAGCACUUAUAGCUCAGUCUGAAAACAGUCAAGCAGAUCAAGAUCUUGGAGAUAAUAGCCGCAGCCUUGGCAGGGGAGGUUCACCCAGAGGAAGUCUCUCACCACGAUCGCCUGUAAGCAGCUUACAGAUUCGCUAUGAUCAGUUGGGGAACAGUAGUGUGGAAAACUUGCCCCCAGUAGCUGCCAGCAUAGAACAGCUUUUGGAGCGGCAGUGGAGUGAAGGACAACAAUUUUUAUUAGAGCAGGGCACCCCAAGUGACAUUUUAGGAAUGCUGAAGUCAUUACACCAACUUCAAGUUGAAAAUCGCCGGCUAGAGGAACAGAUUAAAAGCCUAACUGCAAAAAAGGAGCGACUUCAGCUACUAAAUGCACAGCUUUCAGUUCCCUUUCCAACAAUAACUUCAAACCCCAGCCCAUCUCAUCAAGGGCAUACGUUUCCAGCACAAGCUGCACCUAGCACUGAUUCCUUGAACAGCAGUAAGAGUCCUCAUCUGGGAAACAGUUUUUUACCUGACAAUUCCCUUCCUGUAUUAAAUCAGGAGAUAACCUCCAGCGGACAAAGCACCAGCAGUUCAUCAGCCCUUUCCACUCCACCACCUGCUGGGCAAAGUCCAGCUCAGCAAGCCUCAGGAGUCACAGGAGUUCAACAGGUCAAUGGUGUGACGGUGGGGGCACUAGCUAGUGGUAUGCAGACUGUAACAUCCACCAUUCCUGCAGUGCCUGGUGUGGGUGGAAUAAUUGGAGCUUUGCCAGGUAACCAGCUGGCAAUCAAUGGAAUUGUAGGGGCUUUAAAUGGGGUAAUUCAGACCCCUGCCACAAUUGCUCAGAACCCCUCUCCUCUCAGUCAUGCAACUGUGCCACCUAAUGUAGCGCAUCCUCUGCCAACAACACUCAAUAACAGUGCCUCUGGACUAGGGUUACUUCCUGACCAACAGAGACAACUUCUGCUCCAUCAGCAGCACCAGCAAUUUCAGCAGUUACUGAAUACUCAACAGCUCACAUCAGAACAGCAUCAGGCCCUUCUCUAUCAACUAGUGCAGCAACAGCAUCACCAACACCAACACCAUCAGUCGGAAGUACAAUUGCAGAUACCAGGAGCAACCCAGAUACCCAUAAAUAACUUGCUUUCAGGCACUCAGGCAUCACCUCUUCAUACAGCUACUACCAACCCAUUUCUUACAAUUCAUGGAGAUAAUACAGCUCAAAAAGUGACUAGGAUUAAUGAUAAAACUGGACCAGUUGCACCAGAGAAGAGUUGACAUUUGAGAAAUAUUUGAGAACUGCGUACCAUGCUGUUAAAGCACUUCAUCUGGCUGCUAACCGCAGUCUUACUUUCUGCAGAUGCAAAGAUGCAAGCUAACUGCACAGCAAAAGAUUAAUCUUCACAAGGACAUUGUUGUAAGGCUUUGAUUUACUUUCUUGUUGCACUGAAAGGAAACAUCUUUUCCAGAUUUCACAGACUAAAACAUUAUUGCAAACCAUAAUUAAUUUGUCAAUUUGACAAUAUUAAAUGCAACAGAUUCAGCCAUGGAAAAAUUAUCUGUGGUGCUCAUCUUAUAUUUUUGUUAUACAUUGGAGAGCUAGUAAAUUGAAAACACCUAUUCCAGUCACAUUUUACUUGGGUUUGGAGUCGUCUUAAGCAAAACCAAAAAACCCUUAACCCAACCCACCUAAUCUUUUACUGCAGCUGCAAUAUGCUUUCAGACCCAGGUUGUAAUGGUUGUCUGGACUGCCUAUUAGUUGUUUUUCUUUUCCAAAUAUGUUUUAAAAUUUGACUUGUGAUGCAAAGGAUAUAGUUCUGAACUUUUUACUCCAUCAAAUUCUAUUGACCCAUAAUGGGAAUUUUGCCAGAAUAAGUUUCAAGAUGGAGUCCAAAGGUUGUUAACUUUGGUUUGGGUUUUUGGAGUUCUGCGGUUGCUGGAGAAACUAAAUCGAUUAAAACAAACAAAAAACCCUUGCCAGAUCAAAAGGCCAAUCUGGAAAAUGUCAGAUGUAUAUGGCCUAAACUAAGUGCCUGUUGCUACCUCCAUUUUGUUUAAAUGGCUGCAGACAGCUGAUCAUGCACUAGACAAGUCCUUAUAAGCAGC